AUACAGAAACAGGCUGUCUUUACUUACUGUGCUCAGCUACAUUUUGUUCAGGGAAAAACCAAAAUUACAUUUGAAAAAGAAAUGAUUCUGUGUUUGAUGUUGAGACAGUUUAACAAAAACGCAAACCUCGAAUAGCUUUGGACCCUAACCUUGAGGUGUGUGAUGAGAAAUGGCUUUGGGAGACAAUACACAACGAAGUUACUCUAUCAUCCCAUGUUUCAUCUUUGUUGAGCUUAUUAUUAUGGCUGGGACGGUCUUGCUCGCCUACUACUUCGAGUGCACGGACACUUUCCAGGUGCAUAUUCAAGGCUUCUUCUGCCAAGACAGCAAUUUGAUGAAACCGUAUCCAGGGGCAGAGGAUGAAAGCUUCAUUUCCCCUCUUAUCCUCUACUGUGUACUGGCUGCAACCCCAACAGCAAUCAUUUUUAUUGGAGAGAUAUCUAUGUAUUUUAUCAAGUCCACCAGAGAAAGCUUAAUUAUCCAGGAGAAAACCAUUUUGACGGGGGAAUGCUGUUACCUGAAUCCACUACUUCGGAGAAUCAUCCGAUUUAUAGGAGUAUUUGCAUUUGGUCUUUUUGCUACCAACAUAUUUGUAAAUGCUGGCCAGGUAGUGACGGGCAACUUGGCACCCUAUUUCUUGACUGUGUGUAAACCCAACUAUACUGGGAGUGACUGCCGAGCGCAUCACCAGUUUGUUAACAAUGGGAAUAUCUGCACUGGCGACCAAGAUGUGAUUGAGAAGGCAAGAAGAUCUUUUCCAUCCAAACAUGCUGCUUUAAGCAUAUAUUCAGCCUUGUAUGCUACAAUGUACAUCACUAGCACAAUCAAGACCAAGAGCAGUCGGCUUGCCAAGCCAGUGUUGUGUCUGGGGACACUUUGUGCUGCCUUCCUUACAGGGCUCAACCGAGUUUCUGAGUAUCGAAACCACUGUUCAGAUGUCAUUGCAGGCUUCAUCUUGGGAAGCACAGUAGCACUCUUCCUGGGCAUCUGUGUAGUUCAUAAUUUCAAAGGAGCACAUGGGACACCUUCAAAAUCAAAACUGGAUGAACAGCGAGGCGUGCCCUUGAUGGCAUUUCCACGAGUGGAAAGUCCUUUGGAGACGUUGAGUGCCAGGUACCAUAUAACCUUCUGUUUGUCCUUUUCUCAUUUUGAUUAA